GGCUCUAGGUUGCGCCAUUUAUCGAUGGUUAUGGUUUGGCAUCGAAAAAAAUUUCAAGUGUGUGUAGUUUGUGUGUAAUUGUAAUAAGAAGCGCGAUGAAUCGAUGCAACAACUAGCGUUCCCCGCGCGCAACGAUCAUGUACAUUGACGGAGUCUGAUAAUUUUGUAAAUCUACUGAUGCGCUGAUGAACUCUCGCGACAAAAGUGGACUGCGUAUUGAGUGGUGAGACUUUGAGAUUUUAACCUGGAGAUACUUUGACGCAGGAACGUCAGACGGUGACGGAGACGGGAGACAGUGUUGUGAAUAACAACGUUUGUGUUUUGAUAUGUUUGUGGGUGACAAACAGCUGCUGUUUAAUGACGCGGUGAUUUAUUAUACACAAGAUGCUCCAAGACUCCAGGUCCCCGAGAACGAACCCAGCCAGUGGUGCUGGUGCUGCCAGUGUUGGCAAGACAAUUACCAGAAGAAUGACAGGGAAUGGAUGCUCCAAAAGAUCGGAUCGUACUUUCGAAUUGGGUCCGUCCUCGGACUUGAUAAUGAACGAUUUUGACGACGAGCGAACUUUAGAUGAAGAGGAAGCUAUGGAAGGAAGUGAAGAUUCACACAAUGAACUGUCAAAUUUGCAAAAAGAAGGAGAUAUGCCGUUGAAUGAGUUACUGGCUAAGUACGGGUACAAUCAUACGUCAACGGACAAUUCAAAUAGUUCUGAUCAGCUGGUACUGAUUCGAGAUGCUGAUGAACCUGAGUCUGCUUUGAAUCCUGAUAAAGCGGAUGAUAAUGAAGCAGAGGAGUUUGAUGAUGAAGCGGAGGAGGAAGAAGAUGAGGACGAUGGCGAUGAUGAUGAGGAUGACGAAGAUGAAGAUGAUGACGAGGAUGCCAGUGUAAGACGAAAAAUAGCCAACAAGUCGCAGCCGAGUCUUCGACAAUUUUACACUGAAAUGGUGAAGAAAAAAGAGGCCGAGCGGUUGAAUGAAAUUGGCGCCAAGUCUACUAAUGCGCGUCAUUCAGGAACUACUGGAGAUAGACAUCGAGAUGAUGGUUUCUGUGGUGUCUCCUAUGGGAAUGUCAAUAGAGACGCUGGCGAUGGACUAGUCAGUGGUCCCGGUGGCGAUGCUCCACCUGACGGGGAAGGUGGCGGGGAUGCUGGAAAUAAUGCUCACAGUGGGGGUGGAGAUGACAACGACAAUGGCGCUGGUAGGCCUGCCGAUGAGGAAGAUGACGACGAAGAGGACGACGAGGAAGAGGAUGACGACGAAGACGGCGAGGGCACAGUCGCACGUGAAGUUGGAGUCAGCAGUGUCGGCAGUGGAAAUGCUGGCGGUGGCUCAUCGCGACUUCUUCGAAGUGUCUCGCGUCCUCAGAGUGAGGAAGAAGACGACGACUGUGAUUAUAGCCCCGACGAAGAGGAAUGGAAAAAAACAAUUAUGGUUGGUAGUGAUUACCAAGCUACGAUUCCAGAAGGUCUUUGUCGUUAUGAUGACGCUUUGCCCUACGAAAACGAAGACAAAAUUUUAUGGAAUCCUACUUAUAUACCAGAAGACGCGACCGAAGAGUUCCUUGAACGCGCGCAAUUGCCUACGAAUAAAGGAACCUCUAUGCCCGCUGGUCCCCACAUCCGAGAUGACGAACAGGCUCUGUAUCUACUGCUGCAGUGCGGAUAUAAUCUUGACGAAGCUCUCAGAAGACGGAGAAUGAACGUACUGCCGCCGACAGACGCGAUAAGUCUCUGGUCUGAAGAAGAGUGUCAUAACUUUGAAUCAGGACUGCGAGCUUACGGCAAAGAUUUUCAUCUUAUCCAAAAAAAUAAGGUAAGAACAAGAUCUGUUGGUGAGCUUGUUCAAUUUUACUACUUGUGGAAAAAAACUGAAAGACACGAUAUAUUUACUUACAAAGCGCGACUUGAAAAAAAAAAAUACGCACUUCAUCCGGGUAUCACCAGAGACUAUAUGGACAGAUUCCUAGAGGAACAAGAGGGAGUUCGUGACAGAAGCAGUUCCCCAAACGUCAACUGUUUGAUUCACGGGGAUGCCAAACGACAGCGGAGUAACGCGAACAUGACGAACAAUCACAACGAGGGUGGAAAAUCAACAGAAUCGUGGGACGGCGCCACGAGCGAGGAUCCACUGGGUGAUGCCAACAGUACAGACUCCGUUUCAGCCACGGUAACGUCACCUCCAUCGUCGCUUUUACCUCCUCCUGCUCCACCACCUCUUGUCUCUUCUGCUCCAGCAUCUGCACCAUUACUGUCAUCAUCAUCAUCAUCGCCACCAUCAUCUUCGUCAUCAAAUGUUUUGUCUACACCCCCCGCACCUCAACUAAACCCUCCACCCGUUCCUCAAAAUCAUGAGACUCCUCAUGAUUACCCGCCACCUCUACCACCGUCAUCAGACAACGUUUUGUCCCACUUACCGCCUUAGCGUUUGUCAUUAUUUUUAUGCUUUAAAUUGUUGGAUAGCCAAUUUAUUUUUGGACCCAUCAUUACCUCUCAGCCGUUGCCAUUGUCCUUUGUUUCACCAACGUCCUCAUCAUUGUUUUCACACAUAAUUAAGUAACCCUCACACUAAAUAAUUGUUCAUAAAAUCAUUAUACAGCAUAAAUAUAUGUUACAACUAUUGCUAGUACAUAAAUUACUGCUACUCUAAUUAAAUAUAAAUUCAACAAUCAUUGAAACAUAAAAAGUAAACAGAGCUACGGCAAUGUGAAGACAAGCAUGAUAUUCUUUAGCACUUCGAAUUAUAUUUUUCUACUGUAUCGUAUAAAAAAACAAAAAAAAAAAAAAAAAUUAGAUAAAUUACGUCUAGCAUGACAGGAAAAAUCGGUUUACUUGCUUUCAAAAA